AUCCCACUCUCCAUUCCCAAAUCACCAAACCCUAACACGCCAUGGCCGACGAAGACGCCGACGCGCGCCUCUUCGCCGGCGUCCGCUUCGCGCUCUACGGCUUCAACACGCUCUCCGAGUCCCAGUAUCGCUUAGAGAUAGUACGGUGCGGCGGCGUCGACGUCGGGGAUUGGGACGGGGACUGCACCCACGUCAUUGUUUCCGACACCUUAUACGAUGACCCUGUGUGCGUGGCGGCGCGGAAGGACAAGAAGAAGGUCGUCACUGAGCAAUGGGUGGAAGACAGCUUCGAACUUGGAGAAUUGGCUGAUGCAGAUAAGGUAUUAUAUGCGCCAGUCAGAGAUCCCAAUGGCAUUCCUGGUAGUGAUGAACUUCACAUUUGCCUGACAGGGUACCAGAAGAAUUGGCGCGGAGACAUAACGAAAAUGGUUUCUUUGAUGGGAGCGCACUUCUCCAGGUCUUUGAGAGCAAACGAAGACACCCAUCUCAUUUGCUACAAAUUUGAAGGCGAGAAAUACGAACUUGCUAAACAGGUGAAUAUCAAAAUUGUUAAUCACCGGUGGCUGCAAGACUGCUUAAAGGCAUGGGAGAUUCUUCCAAUUGAUGAUUAUACGAAAAGUGGUUGGGAAGUAGAGAUAAUGGAAGCACAAGCUAAGGACUCUGAAGAUGAAAGAGAAGAUGUUGGUAGAGGCUCAUCAAGUGGUAGACGUAUUGGCAGAAGCACCCUUGUUACAGAGAUUAGAAUGAAAUCUCAUGUUGAUUCUGCUGUCGAUGCACCCAUUCGAGGUCCUACUAUCUCUACUAGUAAUGCAGAGGGUGCUACAGGAAGACACUUGGGCACUCCAGAACAGACCAUGAAAGCAGAAUAUGCAAGCACAAAGUCAUUUGACAUCAGAGCUGACUCAGGAAGUGCCCCUGACACAAAAUAUGCUACAGUUUCUGUUGAUCGUGAUGCCCAUAAAACUUACCCCUCUCGCAUUUACCAGAGUGAGAAUGAUGAGGCUCCUGCAGAUCAGGUCAGUAGGGAUGAAGCUAAAGAUGAUCACAAAAGGGAUUCUGACACUAGGGCUAGUACCCUCUGUACUCCCAGUGUAUAUAAAAGCAUUGCUCCUGCUAUUCCAGCAGACAACAAAAAGAACAUUAAAGGGAACUAUUUUCAUAGCUCCAAUCAGAUCAAUGUCAAUAAUGAUCUUCGGUCAAACGCUUUUGAAGAAAAUUGCUCCAAGCAAAUAGUACACUCAACAGAAAUGAGCAGAAAGGUAGAUGAUCCCCAACCCACCAUUUCUCAGUCAUUCGCUGAAGAAAGGCUAAACAUGCGUGAGUGUAGUCUAGGACCAGAAGACAAUUCAGCAUCAAUAAGUAAUCAAAUUUUAGGCUAUUCCAGAAGGCGAUCGGCAAAGUCAGUAUCACCUGGGGCUAAUUUAAGAUCAGUUCACCAAACAACAGCGCCUCAGUGUUUCAAGGGGGAUACGUCAAGGGUUGAGCUUAAUGCUACACCGAGAGGGAACAAUCAGGAUUUUAGUAGGCAUGCUGAGAUCAGAGGCCUGCAAGAAAAUGAAGUGCUAAAGCAUGCCAAUAGAUCAGGCGGUGGACAUGCUCAGAAGAGGAAGAGCAUUCUUUCUUCAUUCAGUUCAAAGGCACCAAGUGAAGCCCCAGACUCACAGACUGGAAAAUCAAGCAGUCCUUUAUCAAGCAAGGAAAGUGCAUCUGAAGCAGCUGUUUCUAAUCUGAGCAGAAGCCCUGCUGAAUCUACCAAAGUUUGCGGUCAUCUAAACAGUGAUCUAGCUGUGAAUUUUUCAGAGAAGCAAAUGCCUGGCUCAUUUAAAAGUAAUUUGCUAAGUAAUAGGAGGACAUCUUUGAAGCUUGUAAGCUCUGCUGAAGUAGAAAAGCUUCCUGAAAAUUCUGCUAAGUAUAAGAAUAUGGGGGCACUUGGUGAAGUAAAUACACCAGCAAAGCACGAGACAACAAUUGAGAAGUGUUGUGCUAUAUCACCUUCUGUCAAUUCUGAAGUUAGAAAAGAAAGUUCAGGUGUCUCUCUUCAAAAUGGGGACACUGAGAUGACUGAUGCUCAGCAGAUAAACAAAAUCGAAGCUGCAGGUCCUUGCUCAAAACCUGAGAAGGUGGUUUCUCACCAGGAAUUGGAAGCAGAUCCUAAAGAUAUCCCAGUUAACAAGGUCACUGAUAAACAUGGUACAUUUCCCCCGAAAGUAUCAACUUCUAGAGUGAGGAAUUCUGGUGCCAAGAGGUCUCGAAAUGCUGGCAGUAAAGCAGUUCCUGGAUUGAUUAAUAGCAAAAGUGGGGUUGCAACUAAGCCCAUGCAUGAUAAAGUUGCUUCUCAUGAAAAUGUAGAGACACAACAGGCAGAAGGAUUUUGUAGUCCAAAUGCUGCCAAAAAUACACCUUUAUUUGCUGCAGAAGUCUUGAACAGCAAAUCGAGAAAUGAAGUUCAGAGCAGUUCUCUGGGUCCCAACCGUAAGACAAAUGAAUCACUAGUGGUGUCCAAGGCAGAGUCUGUUAAUAUGCCUCUGCAGGGCAGAAAGCUUUCAAGCACUGCAAGUACAGAUGAAAAUAAGGGAAGUUCAUCUCAGAGGGUGCCAAAUUCCGAAUCAAGUAAAUCAUUUGCAAAGGGGUCUUGGACUGCUGAUGUCAAUAAGGCUGAUUCACCAACUAUUGAUAAAACUGAGACAAUACCAUCAAAGUCAAGUUUUAAUGAGGCGGUUCCGCUAGAAAAUGGAGAAGAACACUCAAGCAGUGCACGCGCAGAUGACCAUGAAAUAUGUACAGAAAAUAAAGUACCAAACAACAGGGUACGCAAAGUAGUAGCCAAGAGGAAACUGUCUUCUGUCCAAAAGCAAAAAUCUGGCAGUGAGCCUGGCAUUACUGCAAAUGUAUUGGUAUCUGAAGAUAAAGUUGUCUCAUCGGAGAGAGCUGCACAGAGUUCUAGAAAUUCCGACAUGGUAAUGGUGGAUCAAGACCUGGAGAACACCAAUGAGGUUAGGACAAAUGAUACGGUUGGAUUAUUAUGCAAAGAUGCCAUGGAAGAGAGAUUGAAAGACACACAUAAUUCUAAAUCGAGAAGCAACAAGAGACAAAAAACUGCAGAUUUGGUGGAUGGUUCUACAGACAAUGACAAGGAGAACAUACCAGUCAAUAGUAAUUUCACUUCCAAAACAAGAGCUGGAAACAACAGCAUGAGUUCCAAAUCAACUGCAAAAGCGUUACAGAGCAGCAAAGUUGUGCUUGAUGAGCGUGGUAUGAUAGAAGGCAAUAAUAUUGGAACCUUGAAUGUGUUGGAACCAACUUGGUUUAUUUUAAGUGGACAUCGCCUGCUGAGAAAGGAGUACAAGGUGAUACUUAGGCGUUUGAAAGGCAGAGUGUGCAGGGAUUCACAUCACUGGUGUUUCCAAGCAACACAUCUUGUCACCACUGAGCUCCGCAGAACUGAAAAAUUCUUUGCAGCUGCAGCGGCUGGGAGGUGGAUACUCAAGCCUGAUUACUUGACUGCUUGCAAUGAGGCUGGCAAGUUCUUAGAGGAAGAGCCAUUUGAGUGGCAUGGUAAUGGCCUUAACAGCGGUGAUACAAUUAGCUUGGAUGCUCCAAGGAAAUGGCGCCAACUGAAGCAGCGUACUGGCCAUGGUGCUUUUUAUGGGAUGCAGGUCAUUAUUUAUGGAGAAUGCAUUGCUCCAACACUGGACACACUAAAGCGCACGAUCAGGUCUGGUGAUGGUACCAUCUUAGCAACCUCCCCACCUUACACCCGGUUCCUCAAGUCCAGCAUCGAUUUCGCUAUUGUAUCUGCGGGCAUGCCAAGCGUGGACGCAUGGGUACAGGAGUUCGUGAGGCAUAACAUCCCGUGCAUCAGCGCAGAUUACCUGGUGGAGUAUGUGUGCAAGCCCGGGCACCCCCUGAGCAAGCACGUCCUCUUCAGCAUGCACGAUCUAGCAGAGAAGUCCCUGCAGAAGCUACUGAGGAACCAAGAAGACGUGAUGGAUGCUGACACUGGAGAGGAAGGCGAGGCCGAUGUAGGUUGUUCUACCUGCGGAUCACACGACCAGGAAGGGCUCAUGCUGACAUGCGGCAGCAGUGGAAACCAGGGCGGCUGUGGGGUUCGCGUGCACGUGGGUUGCUGCAACCCUCCCGUUGAAGCCGCCCUAGAUGGUGAGUGGCUGUGCGGCAAGUGCGACGAACAAAAAUCUGCAAAGAAGUCUGCUGGGAAAUCAAGAGUGCUGAAAAGCCGAUGAUUCUAUAGCGCCGCUGGUGUUACUGUGUUGUAAAUUGUAUAAAAGUAGUUAAUUAAAUUAGCUUUGUAAAGAACUUUUCGGCACGCUCUGAAAUGCUUGCUCGGCAUUUCCAGGUUUCUGUUUCUGUUUCCCUGAUCCAUGUGUGCUGUUGAACUGUUUGAGAUUUCCAUGUGCAGAACAUGGUUCAUCAAUAUAUAAAAAUCAU